AUGGCUCCUCUCGAUAACCCAGCUGUGCCCAAGGGCUCUGUAGUCCUUGUGACUGGCGUCAACGGUCUCCUCGGCUCUCAUGUUGCGAAACAAUUCCUCGAGUUCGGCUACAAAGUCCGCGGCACUGUUCGAGAUCCAGCAAAGAACUCUUGGCUCUCGACCGCCUUCGACAGUCAGUAUGGAGAGGGCAAUUUUGAGCUCGUUCAGCUGGCGGACAUGACCUCUGAGGAAGAAUUGAAGAAACUCGUUAAAGGAGUCUCCGUGAUUGCCCACACCGCUUCCAACAUGUCUCUCAGCCCCGAUCCCAACACCGUUAUUCCUGACGCCAUUAACGGUGCUAUCACUGCGCUCAAGGUUGCCUACAGCGAGCCUACUGUCAAGCGCUUUGUCCUAACCUCAUCAUCAAGCGCUGCCACCAUAUCCCUCCCCGGAAAGCCCCACACCCUUGUGAAUGAGGAGAGCUGGAGUGAAGGCGCUGUCAAGAUGGCUUGGGCAGACCCUCCCUACACCAUGCAGAGAGCUGGUGCUGUUUACGCUGCCAGCAAGGUUCAGUCAGAACAGGCCCUUUGGAAGUACCACGAGGAACACCGAAACGAGAGGCCUGACCUGGUUGUCAACACCGUCCUGCCUAACUUCAACUUCGGUAAAUCCAUCGACGUGGCUAACCAAGGCUACCCAAGCAGCUCUGGUCUUCCCGUCAUGCUCUACAAGAACAAGGUAGCCACGAUGCAUCGCCGAAUUCCUCCUCAAUACUUCAUUGAUGUCGACGACACGGGAAGACUCCAUGUUGCUGCCGCCAUUUUCGACCACGUCAAAGACCAGCGUAUCUUUGCCUUUGCAGGCCGGUUCAGCUGGGACCAAGUUCUGGAUAUUCUCAGGAAGCACUACCCUCAAAAGACGUUCCCAGAGAACUUCUUAAGUGGAGAAGAUGCCAAUGAGAUUGAGCCCAGAGACAAGGCUGAGCAACUUCUGAAGGACCUUGGUCGACCUGGUUGGACUAGUCUGGAGGACUCUAUCAUCGCCAAUGUGGAGGACUUGGAUAAGGCUGGAGAUAACGUCUGGUAUAAAGACUACCACGAGAUAGAGUCACUUGCUCCUAAGGCUGCCGCUGAGUCUUCUUAG